CCAGUGUGUGGCGAGUCUGGAACAACCCAGGGAGCUCAGUGAACGUUCAUAAUAGGUACUGGAGAGCGGAGAGCAGAGCGAUGAGCGGAAGGCUUUGGAAAUCCCGGCUUCGGCUGCUACCUGCUACCGAACUGAAUUUAAAAAUGUUGACUCGAAUUCUUCACCCUUUGGUCAGCAACCUUCCUGCCACUUCAGUGGGUUUUCUUUCCUGCAUAGCACAGCGGUUCCCAGGUGUGAGGACGCCGGGGACCCCGGCCGGGAGCAGCGCCGCCUCGGGGCUGCCGCGGGUGGCGCCGCUGCUGAGCUCGGUGCCCGCGACGCCGCGCUCCGUCCCGGCCCGCGUCCGCGGAAGCCUGCCCCGCUGGCUGCGCGGCUCGCUCCUCCGAGUCGGACCUGGCAAGUUUGAGUUCGGGGAGGACAGGUAUAAUCACUGGUUUGAUGGAAUGGCUUUGCUUCACCAGUUCAGGAUAGAGAAUGGUUCAGUUACAUACAGGAGCAAGUUUCUGCAGAGUGAUACUUAUAAGGCCAACAGUGCUCAGAAUCGAAUUGUGAUUUCAGAGUUUGGCACACUGGCUCUUCCCGACCCAUGCAAGAAUAUUUUUGAACGUUUCAUGUCAAAGUUUGAGAUGACUGCCAUGACUGACAACACCAAUGUCAACUAUGUGCGGUACAAGGGUGAUUACUAUAUGAGCACUGAGACCAAUUUGAUGAAUAAAGUGGACAUCGAAACUCUGGAAAGAACAGAAAAGGUAGAUUGGAGCAAAUUUAUUGCUGUAAAUGGAGCAACUGCACAUCCUCAUUAUGACCCAGACGGAACAGCAUACAAUAUGGGGAACUCCUAUGGCUCACAAGGUUCCUGUUACAAUGUUAUUCGGGUUCCUCCAGAGAAGGUGGACCUUGGGGAGACAAUCCACGGAGCCCAGGUGAUAUGUUCUAUUGCUCCUACAGAGAGAAUGAAACCUUCCUACUACCAUAGCUUCGGGAUGACGAAGAACUAUAUAAUCUUCAUUGAGCAGCCUCUCAAGAUAAACCUGUGGAAAAUUAUCACUUCUAAAAUUCGGGGAAAGGCUUUCUCAGAUGGGAUAAGCUGGGAACCCCAGUAUAAUACAAGAUUUCAUGUGGUGGAUAAACGUACUGGACAGCUUCUCCCAGGGAUGUAUUACAGCAAACCUUUCAUUAGUUUUCAUCAAAUCAAUGCUUUUGAGGACCAGGGCUGUAUUGUAAUUGAUUUGUGUUGUCAAGAUGAUGGAAGAGUCAUAGAUGCUUACCAACUACAGAACCUCAGAAAAGCCGGGGAAGAGCUUGAUCAGGUCUAUAGGUCAGUGGCCAGGUCUUUUCCUCGAAGGUUUGUUUUGCCCCUAGAUGUCACUGUGAAUACUCCUGAAGGAGAGACUCUCAGUCCGCUGUCCUAUUCUUCAGCCAGCGCUGUGAAGCAGGCUGAUGGGAAGAUCUGGUGUACCCAUGAGAAUCUACAUGGUGAAGACCUGGAAGAGCAAGGAGGCAUUGAAUUUCCCCAGAUCAACUAUGGCCAAUUCAGUGGCAAAAAAUACCGUGUCUUUUAUGGCUGUGGCUUUCGGCAUUUGGUGGGGGAUUCUCUCAUCAAGGUUGAUGUGGUGAACAAGACACUCAAGGUGUGGAGAGAAGAUGGCUUUUAUCCUUCAGAGCCUGUUUUUGUUCCGGUACCAGGAACAAAUGCAGAAGAUGGUGGAGUUAUUCUCUCUGUGGUGGUCACUGCCAACCAGAAGGACAGCAAUUUUCUCCUCGUCUUGGACGCCAGGACCUUUGAAGAGCUGGGCCGAGCAGAGGUUCCUGUGCCAAUGCCUUACGGGUUCCAUGGCACAUUUGUCCCCAUGUGAUAAGACAAGCAAGGGUCCAGGGUCUAGGUUUAAAACGUGCAUGCUCUGCAAGGAAGAGCACAAAAGGACACCCCUGCUUCUCACAUCAUAGAUACUUGGUUUAAAAAUUUCUGUUAAAAAUAGAACUUGUGAGAUAACUGUGGCUUUUGAUUUUCCUUCUUCCUGUUUAUUCCCGGACCCUGAGGCCUCCUGUGUGCUAGGUACUCUCUCACUCAGCCACACCCCUUUGCCUGAGUGAUUUGUACAGCUUUACUUUAAUAUUAUUAAGCAAAUGUUGAUACAAUAUUUUGAAGACAUGUAUGUUUAUUAGAUGUAUUUUCCUCUAUGUAAUAAUAAGAAUACAUACAAGAAAAGAUAGAAUGGGGUAGAAAGAGAGACUCAUCAGAUAGGUGAGUGACAGAGGUUCUGGAAGAAGAUGUACCAAUGGCAUAGGCAGGUUGAGAAUCUAGAUCAGAAAAGUUCUUUCUUCCGUCACAUCCUGCUUGUUUCCUUUGGUCUAAAGUACUCAGUGGGCAGGAACCCAGCUCUGUCGUGCUUGGAGGCCUUCUCUGCCUUUUCUGUUUCUGUGUUGUCUACAGAGGAUGCUACUGCAGUUGCCUGACAUGCCCAUGGAAUAUUUGCUACAAUCCCCACCUCUCUCUCAGCUCAGCUUUUGAAGAUGGUGGUUUUGGGGGUAUCACUAAAAUCUCAGGCAUUUCUUCAAACCGCCAGGCGCACUGUUCUCCAGGGAUGGGUGAAAAGCCGGUGGCUCUUCAUUUAGUUGAGCAACAGGUGGCACUAAAGACCAUAUAAUCUCCACAUUUCUAAACACGAGUUUUUAUCAAGUCUUACACAGCCCAGUGAGUCACACCCUUGACAAUACCUUCGAAAUCGUGGUUCCCUUUUCCUUCAGUGACUCACAAAACUCACUUGCUAAACUCCAGUCUUCAGCCAGUCUUCAGCCAGAGGCCCAUGUUCCCUCUGCAUGUUGACUGUUGCUAAGGAAGGUACCCAAACAUGUAAUUUGGGACACUUAGGAACUCAUGGCUAGGUUUCCUUGCACAUCCUGGACCAACAUAGUCAGUUUCUUCUUAAUUUUUCCUUAAGAGAUAUUUUAAACUUUAUAACGCCAUCCUCUUCAGUGACAUGUUCUAGCCAUAUAAACGCCUUGUGUUGGGGCUUGCACUGUGGUAAUCAAGUAAAAAGGGGUCACUUGGCCUUGCUGCUUCUGCUACUAUUUGCUGCUGCCCACCUACCCUGCAAUGACCUCUUUGUCCUCUGUGAUGCUCCUUUGCCAUGCAACUGUGCCUCAGCACCAGCUGACAUGGAUGAAAACCUCUACAAACUAACAAGUCGAACGAGAAGAGCUCUGCUUGGCUCCAAUCCCUGAGAAAAGAAAAAAAAAAAAAAAAAAAAAAAAAACUGAAAA